AUGUCGGGCGCCGUCGUGGCGGGACGUGCUAGCUCCUGGGCUCGCGCUCUCAUCAACAUCUCUCCAUACACUUUCUCCGCCGUAGGCAUCGCCAUCGCCAUCGGCGUUUCCGUCCUCGGCGCCGCCUGGGGGAUUUACAUAACGGGAAGCAGUUUGAUCGGUGCUGCCAUCAAAGCUCCUCGUAUUACUUCGAAGAACUUGAUCAGUGUAAUUUUCUGUGAAGCUGUUGCUAUAUACGGUGUCAUUGUUGCCAUUAUCUUACAGACCAAGUUAGAGAGCGUGCCUGCAUCUCAGAUGUAUUCCCCCGAGUCUAUGAGAGCAGGAUAUGCAAUUUUUGCAUCUGGAAUCAUAGUUGGCUUCGCAAACCUUGUCUGCGGGCUGUGUGUGGGAAUCAUUGGAAGCAGCUGUGCGUUAUCUGAUGCUCAAAACUCCUCUCUCUUUGUGAAGAUUCUUGUGAUUGAGAUCUUUGGCAGUGCACUUGGGUUGUUUGGAGUGAUUGUUGGUAUAAUUAUGUCAGCUCAAGCCUCUUGGCCUGCAAAGGCAGGCUGAUCUACCUCUUGGAUUCUGAACGUGGGAUGUUAAAGUUCAUCUGUGGUGGGGAGGGUAACUUGUUUUUCUACUCUUGAGCUCUGUAGUUUACCCCUUCAAUAGAUAAUGAUAUUCUUGUAAGUUGUGACAGCUAGAGUGGGAAGUUUUAUAUGCAUCUGUUAAAAUUGUUUGGGUUUCAAUCCUCUUCCCUUGAGAACCAUUUCAUCUUUUUGAUGUUGGUAUCAAAUAUUUUUUAUUUUUGCCUUGUUUUGGAUGGGAAAGAUGCCAUCAUAGUGUUCGUUGAAUAAGUAACGGAGGGGAACUUAUUGUAGUAGGAGUACUCCCUUUUCUGGCGCGUGUAACAUAUUUCUUGAAAUAUCUUUCUGUAUCAACUUCUUGGAUCUUUUUUGAAUCAAUAAUAUCAUUAUAUUUACUGUUCCA